AUGGCACCAGCUGGAGGCCCUCGAGCCAAGAAGGGUAUCUUGGAGCGUCUGGACAGCGGGGAGGUUGUAGUUGGGGACGGUGGCUUUCUCUUCACUCUGGAAAAGAGAGGCUUCGUGAAGGCAGGACUCUGGACUCCAGAAGCAGUGGUAGAGCAUCCAAGUGCAGUUCGUCAGCUGCACACAGAAUUCUUGAGAGCGGGAGCUGAUGUCUUGCAGACAUUCACCUUUUCUGCCACCGAAGACCGUAUGGAGAGUAAGUGGGAAGCCGUGAAUGCAGCUGCCUGUGACCUGGCCCAGGAGGUGGCUGGUGGAGGGGACGCUUUGGUGGCAGGGGGCAUCUGCCAGACGGCACUCUACAAGUACCACAAGGAUGAAACUAGAAUUAAAAACAUUUUUCGACUACAACUAGAAGUUUUUGCCAGGAAACACGUGGACUUCUUGAUUGCAGAGUAUUUUGAGCAUGUGGAAGAAGCCGCGUGGGCUGUGGAAGUCUUGAGAGAGGUGGGGGCACCCGUGGCUGUGACCAUGUGUAUCGGCCCCAAGGGGGACAUGCACGACGUGACACCCGGAGAGUGUGCGGUGAAGCUGGCGCGAGCAGGGGCGAACAUCAUUGGGGUCAACUGUCGGUUUGGGCCCCAGACCAGCUUGCAGACCAUGAGGCUCAUGAAGGAGGGCCUCAGGGAUGCCGGCCUGCAAGCUCACCUCAUGGUCCAGUGCUUGGGUUUCCACACACCAGAUUGCGGCAAGGGAGGGUUUGUAGACCUCCCAGAAUAUCCCUUCGGCCUGGAGCCAAGAGUUGCAACCAGAUGGGAUAUUCAAAAAUACGCCAGAGAGGCCUACAACCUGGGGGUCAGGUACAUCGGCGGCUGCUGCGGGUUUGAGCCCUACCACAUCAGAGCGAUUGCAGAGGAGCUGGCCCCAGAAAGGGGAUUUUUGCCACCAGCUUCAGAAAAACAUGGCGGCUGGGGAAGUGGUUUGAACAUGCACACCAAACCCUGGAUCAGAGCAAGGGCUAGACGGGAAUACUGGGAGAAUCUGCUGCCAGCCUCAGGAAGACCUUUCUGUCCUUCCCUCUCAAAGCCAGAUGCGUAA